UCUUUAAAUAAUAGCUAUAUGGAACUUGCACACAAAACUUUAACCAGGAUUUCCUAAGUUUAAAAGGGGGCAUAAUUUGCCCAAAAUACAUGUCAGAGUUAUGGGACUUGACCCAGUGAGGUUGGUAAUUGACCUAGAAAAAGAAAAAAUAAGUUUCAAAGUUAUAUGCCUUUAAAUGAUAGCUGUGUGUACUUGCAUGCAAAACUUUAACCAAGUGUGACUCCAAUACCGAUGCCAGGGAGAGUAGAAUAGCUUAGACUAUUCUUUGAAUAGUCGAGCUAAAAAUAUUAAAAUGUUUCUAAGGUUCAAAUAUCACAAUAGUUGAAAUGUUUCCAAGUUUAAAUAUCAAAAAGAUAAAAUGAUUCCAAGGUUUAAAUAAAAAAAAGUUAAAAUGUUUUCAGGGUUAAAAUUUGAGACAAAAUACAAGGUAAUAGUUACUUACAAUAGCCAAUUCAUCAUACUGUGUAUUUUUUUCAGUGUUGUUGAUGAUACAUGAAGGAGCUCUGACCUGAUUUGAAGAGGCCCAUUUCUUAUGUACAAGCAAUUUCACAUUCAAAGUCCUUAAACAUGGAACAAACUAUGCCAAGGGUGUUUAGAAAUCCAGUUACAUAUCUUGGUUUAAUAUUUUUUCUGUGUUCUAUUUUGAUGUAUAGACAUAUGCAAUGCGAGCAGAAUCAAAACCGGAUAAUAUAUGAUAGAAAUAAUCUGGCGAUAUCUUAUCAUCGUGACAUGCCGUUGAUUUUUAUUGGCGGCAUGCCAAGAAGUGGGACAACUCUAAUGCGAGCAAUGCUAGAUGCUCAUCCGGAUGUUCGAUGUGGGGAAGAAACACAUGUUAUACCAUUACUUCUUGGAAUGCGGAAGAACUGGAAAGAACCGGAAAGGAGGAAACUAUUUCUGGAAGCGGGAAUAGAUGAUAAUGUCAUUCAAUCAGCUCUGUCUGCUUUUAUUUUAGAAAUCAUAGCUUUACACGGAGAGGGGGCAAAAUACUUAUGUAAUAAAGAUCCAUUGACACAUUUGCAUAGUGUUUAUUUAAAGAAAGUCUUUCCCAAUGCUAAAUUUAUCUACAUGAUUCGAGAUGGUCGUGCGACUGUACAUUCAUUGAUUAGUCGCAAAGUGUCUGUUUCAGGAUUUGAUUUAAGGGACUACAGACAGUGUUUGUCUAAAUGGAGUCUACAUUCCGAGGUGAUGUACACACAGUGUCUGCAGGUUGGACAGGAUAGUUGUCUUCCAGUUUAUUAUGAGCAGUUGAUUUUGCAUCCUGAGAUUUGGCUGAAGCGUAUCAUUAAAUUCCUAGGUAUUCCUUGGAAUGAGUCCGUACUCCAUCAUGAAGAUUUUGUGGAAAAGCCAGGAGGAAUUGCUGUUUCAAAGAGGGAGGCAUCGACAGACCAGAUUAUCAAGCCAGUAAAUCUGGAAGCAUUGAACAAAUGGGUUGGACAUAUACCGGAAGAUGUUGUCACAGAUAUGGCCAAAAUUGCUCCGAUGCUGAGCACCUUUGGGUAUAAUCCUAAUUCGAAUCCUCCCAACUACGGCAAAGCUGAUCCAAGAGUUACAAACAAUACCUUACAUAUACAACAGAAUGCUGAGUUCUGGAUGAAGCGAGAGAACGAGGUGAUGCAACGUGAUAAACCAGCUAAAUGGCUGCAGGAAGAUUUGUAGAUAUCUUCAAACCUUCUGCCUGCUAAAUUUCUAAAAUGUACUCAGGUCCUUCAUUCAGUUUUGGCAGUACCAUUUAUUAUUUGAAGGGGUGUUCAAUGAAAAUUUACUGACUGAAUAGUGAACAGUGCAGACGUUGAUCAGCAUCCAUGCAGGCCGAUCUUGGUCUGCACUGGUCGCAAAGGCAGAAUCACUUGCCAUCAGCAGGCUAAAGGUUAAUUACGAUCGUCCUGUUUGGGAUGUUGCAACUUGAAGGAAUAUUUUGACAUCUAAAAUUGACCCUCUUUAUUACAUAUUAUUUUAGUAAUAUUCUUGCUUUUUUGCUUAUUAAAAAAUAAUGUAGCUGAAAUAUCCAUUCAUUUGCCCUCUUUUUGUUUUAGCUUUUUUUUACUGCUUUUUAACAAAGUGUGCAAAUAUAGAUGUUUAGUACAUUAAAUUUUGGAUCAAUGUGUUGCUAUUUUUUUCCACUGAGGCACUUUUAAAUAUGACCAAU